CGUAUCCGUCCGUAUGUAGUGUAUUUUAAGAGUAAUCUCAAACUCAAACUCAAUCUGUCCUUGAGCGUUUUGAACAUUAUUAUAUUGGACUCGACUACUGGGGCAAGAUGACUGAAGAAACAGAUUUAUUUUGAGCGGGAUAAACAAACUAACUAGCCUAUUUUAUAACAUCACUACUAGUAGUCAGUAGUCACUACUAAUUUAUAGGUUAAACUAGGUUCUUGGCUAGAAAACUACUUGAAGAGUGUAAUUAAUCGCCGGUAUUGUUAACUCACCUACGAAUUCAAAUAACUUAAUUGCAGUGAUUUUAAAUCCAACAUGAUGAAAAUGAAUCCAGUAUUACAUGUAGAAAUUCUUAGAAGAGAAACGAGCAGGCCUACUGUCAGCGUAAAAGAACUGAAAGAAAGUGUUCAAGAAGAAAUUUAUCGUCUUGGCAAAAUAAAACCCGGAACUUGCAUUACACAGUUUUCAGAUAGAAUCCUUGUGGAAAAUGUAGAACAAAUACAGAUUUGUGAUAAAGAUGGCGAGAGUAGUCUUCAUCACGAAAAACUGGCUGAUCUUCAAAACGAGUUCCUGCCCAGAGACGUGUGUUUGAAUUUCCACGUCUAUCGGCUCAACACAGAAGGUGUGCAAUUAGAGAGCAUGGACUCAGGAGACCAGAGUGAGGAAGAUCAACCCGUGGCCAAUCAUUGGAUCUUGCCUUCUUCAGAUUUUCGAGGUCUUUGGGAGAGCCUUGUUUACGAUAAUAAUGUCAAAGAAAAUCUACUCAGCUACAUGGAAACUACCAUGUUAUUCAGUGAUUGUAAGGUGGACACAAACAUCAUCACAUGGAACAGGCUGGUUCUGCUACAUGGACCUCCAGGCACAGGCAAAACUUCCUUGUGUAAGGCUCUGGCUCACAAGCUGUCUAUCAGGAUGGGCCACAGGUACACACACGGACAACUGGUGGAAAUCAAUAGUCACAGUCUAUUCUCCAAGUUCUUCUCUGAAAGUGGCAAGUUGGUUGGAAAGAUGUUUACCAAGAUCAGAGAGCUGAUUGAAGACACCAACGCCCUCGUGUUUGUCCUCAUUGAUGAAGUGGAGAGUUUGACAAGAGCUCGUGAGUCGUCUAUGAGUGGCGCUGAACCUUCAGACAUGAUACGAGCAGUCAACUCUGUUCUCACAGAGAUUGAUCAGAUUCGCAAGUUUCCAAAUGUGAUGAUACUGUCAACAUCAAACAUAACCGGAGCGAUAGACGGAGCGUUCCUCGACCGAGCUGAUAUCAAACAAUAUAUUGGAUUGCCAUCUUAUCAUGCCAUAUUCAAAAUCUAUCUAACAUGCCUCAAAGAGCUUAUUCGGGUAAACCUGAUUGUAUCUUCUUCUCAAUUUGACUCGCUAACAUUUGACAGACUGAGGCUAGAGUCUAAUGGAGAAGACAGCACACACGAAAGUGUUCAACAGUUAUUAGCACUUUCAAGAUUGAGUGAAGGACUGAGCGGCAGAACAUUGCGCAGGAUACCUUUUUUGGCCCACGCUCUGUUCGUCAAGUCCCGAACUGCGAAUCUAGACUCGUUUCUUAGAGCAAUGGAAUCAGCUGUUAUGCAACAAAAAAAUGAAUCGGAAUACAAGCCAAAAUAAUCAAAUUUUAGUCUAAAUAUGUUGAAGAUCUCAUAUGAAGAAACCUACAAGUGAUAGAGGGAUCAAUAUUUUCACACUCCUAUUUAGCUAUUUUAACUUAAUGUGAUAAACUUAUUCAUAUAAAUAUUUUUGUCUGUGUAAGACUAGAGUUAAAAAUAAAAACUAGAGGUAACACACUACAUAAAAAAAAUAGCAUCCGUUAAAAUUUUUCAAAUUGAAUAAAAACAAGUUUUGAUUCAACGAUUCAAGUAAAGAAAAAAUUGGAUUCUAUCAAAUUUUGUGUAAAAUCUGUCUUUAUAUUCAGUAACUCUUCAUAACCAAACACUCCUUGAUUUUGAAAAGCAUAUUACAUUUCAGUUUUGUCUGAUAUGAUUCACCUACAAUAAUUUACCUAAUUAGUAUGCUUAAGGGGAAGAAAAUGUUAAGUUUUUAAAACUUAUUAUACGACCCUCGUUAAAAAUAUUCAGUGUUAUAUUUGCUAUCAAAAUUAAAAUCAUAAUGAUAAAUUUAAAUCCUUCUCUUGUAAUGGUUUUGGUUGCUUAAAUCUUGUUUUUGUAACAUCUACUCUUGUUUCCCUAAAGACAUUAUUUAUGCUGUAGGCUACAGUAAUUUCAAAAAACACUAUCACCCAUACUGUUGCUUGAGAAGUAAUGUUAUAACUUAACAGUCUUUUGAAUCGUCAACUAACAUUGUUGUUCUUUUGCUGUAAAUACUUUUUUCCAAAUUAAUGUAUUACACAAUUUUUUUUUACCACUAAUAAUUAAAAUCAUUCCCCAUCUUAAUAAAGCUUCAUCGCCUCAUAGUUAAGCACAAUAAACAGAUACCUAGUGUUAAAAGUAUGGCGAAGCCAUCAUAUUUCUAAUAAAUAUGUACUAUCUUUGUUUUGGAUAGAGAUAGGGGAUUAUACCACACAACAUGACUGCCCUUUGGAUAAAACUAAUGUUAAAUUAACAUAAAGCUAGGGGUUAGGUACUUAAAAGACAUCCUCAUAAUGAAGUUACUGAUGUAGUAUAGAGCACAAGUGCCUGUGUUAUAAGACUUCAGUCGGGAUAUCAGGCUUGCUUGAACCGCAAAGAGCUGACUGUAAUACUGACCACAAAAACUUUACUAAACAUCUACAUUCAUAAAUAAAUCAAACAGUAAACUACCACUGAACGUAUACCAAGGGAGGUUAUAGUUGGAAAUAAAUGUCUAGAAUUUAAUGGUUCAUUUUAUAUUCUUCUAAAUUGUGUUUAUUGUGUCCAAGAUGCCCUCAUUACCCUUAAGGUAAAGCCUGUUAUCCCAACAAAGACACACAAUGAUGAUUUUUAAAAAACAUUUAUUUUUUAUACUAUUUUGUUGGAUUCUAUAAUAAUGUGACAUUGUUCUAGGCGAUUUUGUGUUAUUGAUUAAGAUCUGGAGUAAAUAGUUGUUUUAAGUUAAACAAUUGUUUUUUGUGUUAAAACUAUUAGUGUAAAUUGUACUUCUUGUAAACUUUUAAAUACAAAAAGAGCUUCCAUGUCAACUAUAAAAGUCGUAUUUUAUCUUCUGCUUU